GGGGGAGCAUUAAGAGGAGGGUGGGAGAGGGUCUGGGCGGCCGGGGUGGGGACAAGGACCAUGGUGAGCUGUGAAGCCGGGCCUGGGUGGGGGCCUAGUGGAGCUGGGUCCAGGAGUGGAGGGGUGGGGGUGGUGAGGGCAGACUGGGGGGGCACCUUGUCUCCUGCUGAGCUGGUGGUGCCUGGUGGAUCCAGUUGCAAGCGCUUUGUGGCUGAAAGGAGAGCCCACUGCCUGCCUCCCUGCUGCCUCGCCUGUGCUCGGCCAGUAAUGCGAGCCCCGGCGAGGGAGCCGCAGGGCGGCCUGGGUCCCCCCCCCCCCAAGCCCCGGACAUCCUCUGGACAGAGCUGCCCAUGAGAGCGGAUGCAGGUAAGAGAGGCCUGGGGCUCAGGCAGGCUGGGGUGCGGGGCGGCGUGGAGCUGGGCAGGAGGGCCCAAACAGGGGGACAGGAUGCUGCCCGGUCGGCAGCUGCAGGAGCCCGGCCUGGGCCCAGGCCCCGGCGUCUGGGGCCCCACUGGCCACCACCCACCCUCUCAGGUCUGCAGAGGCCCAGGCCACCCCCCCCCCGGGGUCGGGGCCCAAACGGUGCCAGACGACGGCGGAGGCGGGCAGGGUGGGCUGCAGCGCCCCUGCUCGCCUCCCCCAGGAUGCUGCAGCCAGAGAGCACCCGGGUCUCCGAGGAGGGGACUGCCACUGGGUCCCGGCGCGGUGACUGCAUCAUCUGCUACUCAGCCUACGACCUGGCCGGGCACCUGCCGCGCCGCCUCUAUUGCGGCCACACCUUCUGCCAGGCGUGCGUGCGGCGGCUGGACACGGUGGCCCACGAGCAGCGCUGGGUCCCCUGCCCGCAGUGCCGCCAGAGCACACCCACGCCCCGUGGAGGGGUGGCCAUGCUGGACCUCGACCUGGCCGCCUUCCUGGCUGUCAGGGCUGAGCGGGAGCCGCCUCGCAUGGAGCCCCAGCGUCCCGCGCCCCCCAAAGGCAGCGCCGCUGUCACUCAGCAGCCAGCCAGGCUCCGCCCCACCUUGGGCACCCAGCCCCACUUCCCCCAGCCCAGACGCUGCUGCAGCUGCGGCCUCUGCUGGGACACCCUGGAUAGUCCCCAGGUCUGAGUUCCAGCGGCUGCCACCGUCCGCCGAGGACCCGCUGUCCACGGCAUGCUUGUGGUGGAACCUCCGACUGCCGCGCAACCAGCCCGGAACGGCCUGGGGCCCCCCACGGACACCCCCAGACCGCAGCCUAAGUGUGGGGGCUGUGCCCAUGGUACCGUGAGGCUCUUUGAGAAGCCGGUUACCUCUUUCCCGUCUUGGCCAGGAUUCCAGGGCUUCAGGCCAGCCUGACUGUGUGCGUGGUGAGGGCUGCUGCGCUCAGAGUCUCCUGCAAGCCCAACCCAGGCCUGGACUCAGCUCAGAGGACGCCUCCACGGGUCUCUGGCUAAAAAAGUCCCACAGGUGGGAACCAGAGCAGAGAGCCGCCUCCUUCAGCCCUGUCUUGCAAAGCAUCCCUGUGAAGUUCAUUUAUUCAACAAAGCUCACUGAGCACCCA